AUGAAACUCACCAACAGCAGUGUGCCAGUAUACACUGUCAGUGGCAGCAACAUAUCACAGGGCCCUGACUGGCAAGCGCCUAAGAAGAGGAAGAACAAAGAUCCAGAGUAUGCCAAUCGGGUCGAGCUCCUGCAGGAUUUCGAAUUCGAGGAGGCCUCACAAUGCGUUCGCAUCAGCGAAGAUGGCGACUGGGUCAUGAGCACCGGUACCUACAAGCCGCAGAUCCACACACAUUACCUACCAAACCUGUCGCUGUCCUGGGCGCGCCACACGGACACUCUGAACAAGAAAUUUGUGUUCUUAUCCACAGACUACUCCAAGACGGUACAUCUGCAAGAGGACAGAUCAGUCGAACUUCACACGCCAGGCGGCAGGCACCAUGCCCUCCGGAUACCUCGAUAUGGACGAGACCUGGCUUACAAUAAAGCGGAGACUGAGAUUCUCAUACCAUCAGUGGGUGUCAACGCCAACGGCCUCGGCGAAGUAUUCCGGGUCAGCCUGGAGUACGGUAGAUUCAUGGAGCCCUACGAGGUGGACGUGGGCGGGAACGAAACAGUCCAAGGUCUACAAGGCGGAGUCUCGACUGGAGCGGUCAAUUCAGUGUCAAUAGCUGAAGGCAGUCAUGGCCUCAUGGCCUUUGGGACCACUCUCGGCACAAUCGAAUACUGGGAUGCACGUUCACGAGCACGAGUAGCGACCUUAGCUCUUCCAGUCGAGUUCGAAUCCCGGCCAGAAGUCACUGCCCUCGACUUCCAUCACUCCGGCAUCAGCGUCGCGGCCGGUACCUCCUCCGGACUCACAUAUCUGUACGACCUUCGUUCUGCCCUACCAACACUACGAAAAGAGCAUGGCUAUGGCUACCCUAUCCAACACGUCGAGUACCUCAACUUCUCUAGCUCCACGAAGGCCGCUACCACGGAACAAAAGAUCAUGGUUGCCGAUAGACGCAUCAUCAAGCUCUGGGAUGAGCGGUCUGGUGUCCCAUGGACCUCAGUCGAACCGGCUGUUGACAUCAAUUCCGUCGCCUGGUGUCGUGACAGUGGCAUGUUCCUCACUGCCAACGAAGGCCGUGCUCAGCAUGCCUUCUUCAUCCCACAGCUUGGACCUGCUCCCAGAUGGUGCUCGUUCCUCGACAAUGUCGUCGAAGAGAUGGCCGACGAUCCCAAUGAUCCUUUGGCCUACAACCGGAAGGCAGGCGAAGUGUACGAGAACCAUAAGUUCCUCACAGAGUCCCAGUUGCGGACACUCAACAUCGACCACCUCAUUGGCAAGACAAAUUUGCUUAGACCAUAUAUGCACGGCUACUUCGUGGACCAGAAGCUUUAUGAUGAGGCCCGCCUAAUCACGAAUCCAACGUCAUGGGAAGAGGAGCGUGCGAAGCGCGUGCAGCAGAAGAUCGAUAAGGAACGCGAAAGUCGCAUCCGUGGUAAGAAGAAGAUCGAGGCUAAAGUCAACCGGAAGAUGGUGGAGAAGAUCCUCGACCGCGAAGAAAAGAACGAGCGGCGGAGAGCUCAACGUGUGCUUGCUCAGGGCGGUGAUGCCAAUCCACCUCAAACCGAACCAUCCGCGACUACCGUCGACGAGGCCGAAACGGAACCAAAGAAGCCGAAAUUGCUCGGAGACAGCCGCUUUGCGUCUCUCUUCCAAGACGCGGAAUUCGAAAUCGACGAGAAUUCUCGGGAGUUCCAGAACAUCAACCCGUCCACCAAAGUCGAUGCACAAGCUCCGCGAUCGAAUCUCGACCUCGAGCGUGGUCUUACUGCUGUCGAGGAGGAAAUGCUCGACGAGGUGCCGAACUCCAGCGCUUCAGACGGAGAAGACUCAGACGAUGAUCCAUUCAGGAAGUCAAAAGACAAGAUUUCGACAGCAGACUAUAAGAGAAGAGACCGCAGUAAGAAGGACAGACAGAAGGACUCGCAGCGAAGACGGAAGCUUGAGAUGCGUGUGUCCAACUCGAGCAAUUCCGUCAAAGGUGGUCUGCAGCAGCGUCAGCAGCGACUGGCAGAUCAGAGUUUUGGUGCCCGUGUUCUCGACAUGCCUGUUCGGGAGUCUAGAAAUGAUGGUGCUGGCGGCAACAAUGGGAAGAGAGGCGUGAUUGGUGAUAAGAUGGUCACGUUCGAGCCCACGAGAAAACCGCCGAAGUCGCGCUUUGGUCAGCGGGGCAGCGAUGACAACAACGACAAUGGCAGGAAGGGCUUCAAGGGAGGCAAUGAUAGGAGGAGCGCCAGUGGGAACACCUUUCGACGGAUGUAG